AUUGAAAUCAUUCAAGAUGCCUGAAGAAGUUCAGAAUGGAGAAGUUGAAACCUUCGCCUUCCAAGCAGAAAUUGCUCAGUUGAUGAGCUUGAUUAUCAACACCUUCUACUCUAACAAAGAAAUAUUCCUCCGAGAAUUGAUUUCCAACUCUUCUGAUGCUUUGGACAAAAUCCGUUACCAGUCUCUUACAAAUCCAGCAUGUUUGGAAUCCGGAAAGGAACUUUACAUCAAAAUCAUUCCAAACAAAAACGAUGGAACACUUACCAUUAUUGAUACUGGUAUUGGUAUGACUAAAGCUGACUUAGUCAACAAUUUGGGUACCAUUGCCAAGUCUGGAACAAAAGCCUUUAUGGAAGCUUUACAGGCUGGAGCUGACAUAAGCAUGAUUGGUCAAUUUGGUGUAGGUUUUUACUCUGCCUAUUUGGUUGCUGAUAAAGUAACAGUUGUUUCAAAGAACAAUGAUGAUGAGCAGUACAUUUGGGAGUCAUCUGCUGGAGGUAGUUUUACAGUUCGUACUGAUACUGAUGAACCACUUGGUAGAGGUACCAAGAUCGUCCUCCACAUUAAAGAAGAUCAAGCUGAAUUCUUGGAAGAACAUAAAAUCAAAGAAAUCGUCAAGAAGCACUCCCAAUUCAUUGGUUACCCUAUCAAACUUUUGGUAGAAAAGGAACGUGAGAAGGAAUUGAGUGAAGAUGAAGCUGAAGAAGAAAAGAAAGACGAAGAAGCAACUGAAGAAUCUGAUAAGCCCAAAAUUGAAGAUGUAGGUGAAGAUGAAGAAGAAGACAAGGAAAAGAAAAAGAAGAAGAAGACUAUCAAAGAAAAAUAUACUGAAGAUGAGGAAUUGAACAAAACAAAACCCAUUUGGACCCGAAAUGCUGACGAUAUUUCCCAAGAAGAAUAUGGUGAAUUCUACAAGUCUCUCACUAACGACUGGGAAGAUCAUUUGGCUGUCAAACACUUCAGCGUUGAAGGUCAGCUGGAAUUUAGGGCACUCCUGUUUGUUCCUCGUAGAGUACCAUUUGAUCUUUUCGAAAACAAGAAGCGUAAGAACAACAUUAAACUGUAUGUCCGCAGAGUUUUCAUCAUGGACAACUGCGAAGAACUCAUACCUGAAUAUUUGAAUUUCAUCAAGGGUGUUGUAGACUCUGAAGAUUUACCCUUGAACAUUUCCAGAGAAAUGUUGCAACAAAACAAGAUUCUCAAAGUUAUUCGUAAGAAUUUAGUCAAGAAAUGUAUGGAAUUAUUCGAAGAAUUGACUGAAGACAAGGAUAACUUCAAGAAAUUCUAUGAACAGUUCUCAAAGAAUCUCAAACUGGGUAUCCAUGAAGACUCUGCCAACAGAUCUAAACUGGCUGAAUUCCUUCGUUACCAUACCUCAGCCAGUGGAGAUGAAGCUUGCUCUCUUAAGGAUUAUGUUAGCCGAAUGAAAGCAAACCAAAAGAGCAUCUACUAUCUUACCGGUGAAAGCAAAGAACAGGUAGCCAACUCUGUAUUUGUUGAACGAGUUAAGAAGCGUGGAUUCGAAGUUGUUUACAUGACUGAACCCAUCGAUGAAUAUGUAGUACAACAACUUAAAGAAUAUGACGGAAAAACUUUGGUUUCUGUAACUAAGGAAGGUUUGGAACUGCCUGAAGAUGAAGAAGAAAAGAAGAAGCGUGAGGAAGACAAAACUAAAUUUGAAGGUCUCUGCAAAGUGAUUAAGAGUAUUUUGGAUAACAAAGUAGAAAAAGUUGUUGUAUCAAAUAUUAGUCGAAUCUCCUUGUUGUAUUGUAACAUCUCAAUAUGGAUGGACUGCAAACAUGGAACGUAUCAUGAAAGCUCAAGCUUUGAGAGAUACAGCCACUAUGGGUUACAUGUCUGCAAAGAAACACCUUGAAAUCAACCCAGACCUCCAAUCGUUGAAAACUUGAGACAGAAGGCUGAUGCUGAUAAGAACGAUAAAGCUGUCAAAGAUUUAGUAAUUCUCUUAUUCGAGACUGCACUCCUCAGUUCUGGAUUCACCCUAGAUGAGCCACAAGUACAUGCUUCUAGAAUCUACAGAAUGAUCAAGUUAGGUUUGGGUAUUGAUGAAGAAGAAUCUAUGGUAGUCGAAGAACCUUCAACUGAAGCUCCUGCUGCCGAAGCUGGUGAUUCUGAAGAUGCUUCACGAAUGGAAGAAGUUGAUUAAGCUACAUUACCUACUUUUAUGUAUUAUUUGAACAUGUGUUUUAGUAUGUUCCCACCAUUCCUAUAAUAAGUUAUUUUUUUAUAUUGUCUAUCUUGAAAGAAUAAUUUUUGGCUGUGUUCCAUCAAAGAUUCACUCGUACUGAUUACUGUUAGAGUAUUGAGAAUAAAAUAACAUCAAUAAA